GUAAUACCAUAGUAAUAAGUGAUGUUACUAAAAUAAAUAUAAGUUAACCACCACUAAUGUAAUAAAUGUAUAAUACAUAAGAGUGGAUUUCAACUAUCUAAUAAAUAUAAUAUACAUACAUGGAAUAAAAAGUAUAUCAUGAACAUGAAGUUACAAUGAUAACAUAGUAGAGCGAAUAUGGUGGGGAAUGGCCUAAUGUAUAAUUCCUUAUCAACAAGUAUCCUUAUACUAAUUAUACUUUUGGGUAUGUUACAAUUAUCUUGACAUAUGUUGACUAAUUAUGUUUUCUUAAUUAAAAUUUAUUGUUUUUAAUUUAUCAAAAUAUAAAAAAUGGCACCAAAAACUUCAUCUGCAACUCUACGCUUAAAACAAGAUUAUGUACGUCUUAAAAAUGAUCCUGUACCUUAUGUAGUUGCUGAACCAGUCCCAUCUAAUAUCUUAGAAUGGUAUUAUGUAGUCAGUGGACCAGAUGAUUCACCUUAUGCAGGUGGUUAUUACUUAGGUCGAUUGGUUUUUCCUAGAGAUUUUCCAUUUAAACCACCUAGCAUUUAUAUGAUAACACCUAAUGGAAGAUUCAAGACAAAUACUAGACUUUGCUUAUCAAUUAGUGAUUAUCAUCCUGAUACUUGGAAUCCAGCUUGGAGUGUGUCUACGAUUUUAACUGGUCUUCUAAGUUUCAUGUUGGAGAAUAGUCCUACAAUGGGAAGUAUAGAGAUGACAGAAUAUGAGAGACGACAGUUAGCAGCUCAAAGUUUAGAAACUAAUUUAAAUGAUGAAAAUUUUUGUGAACUUUUUCCUGACCUUACAACAACUAUUAGAAACGAAAUUGAGAAACGUAAUUCAGCCAGAGCCAAUGUAGUUAACUCACCAAAUCCUGACAACACUACACCUGAUAAUAAUAUUUUUCAAUCAGUAAUAUACAAUAGUGUAGUUAUGAUUGGAUUUGCAUUAUUUAUCUAUUUAGUCCGAUAUGUAUUGUAUAAUAUGAAUACUGAAUGAAUAUUCUCACUGAUUCCUUAUGUUUUAUUUAUUUUUAUUGUAUAUGUUAAAUAAAAUGUUAUAACAUGUGUUAA